AGAGACCUCGCGCACGGGCACAGGUCUCCGGGCCGGGCGCAAGCGAAAUCCGAUUGUGCAGAAAAAUUUAAAUUGCCCCCGUCGAGCGGUUCGGUUGGUCAGUCACAAGUCGAGCGUUGAGCUGGAAACAUUCGAAGAGUCUUUUUGAGUUUGUAAACUUUUUUGUUUUUGAGCAAUCAGUUGGUGGUAUCCUGUCCUGGGUCAGUCGAUUCCUGUGGUGCUAAGAGAAGAAGAACUUCAACAAGCGAGGAACUUUAUUUGGAGAGGUGAUAAGUCAAAACCUGUGGGCUGUUGAGCGAAUUCCUGAAUUUGUUACCAUUUCUUGGCGUUUUUGUCGUCGUCGUCGUCGUUUACUACCGUGUGUGAUAUAAUACAAGUAUAUAAACGGAAUUUCUGCAGAGAAAAACCAAAGAGCCUCAAAGGAAAUUUAAAAAAGAAGGCAUCAACCGAGGAGUUGUGUGUUGUGAAAAUCUGCGCAAAAGCAUUAAAGUGUUGGGUUGGAAGAAGAGAAAAAGCAGCGCGCCAUCGGUGUAGACGAGUGAAGAAAACCGUAUAAUUGAUAGGCUUGGAACUCGGACGUGGACACGGACCAACAGGUACACAGCGCGGAUAAUAACUCCUGUCCUAUCGACCGUUGCAAUCUCGCGGUGCGACUGAAAAACAAAACCGAAACAACAACCGAUAAAGGGUGUGAGAGAAACGAUGACGUCGGUUAUGCGAAUUGAGGAUGCCGAGGUCAACCAGGAGCAGUACCUGCGCGGCCUGACCAAAACGUUCACCGGAAUCGAGAAACCGCUGAAGGACGCCCCCCAGUGUGGCACGUUGACGGAACUGAUUGCCGAGCUGCACAGGGUGUUCGCCGAAGAUCGGGUCAACAUCGAGUACGUGAACCAUCUGAUGAUGAGCUACAAGAGCAACGCGGCGGAAUGGCGAAAGUUUGCCAAAUUCGAUCGUUACAGGUGAGGAAUGUUCUGUCCCACAUUG